AUGCUGCGUGAAAAGAAGGCUGAACGCAAAAGAAAACGAAGAAAGCAUGGUGAUGGAAUUGACAUAAUAAAUGACGACGAUGGAAUCAUUGCACAUAUGGUCAACGCGAUGAGAAAUGCUGCUAAGGAUGACCGCCAUUCAAAUACGGAGAGAAAACCUGCAUUGAAGAAGAGAAAGAUGCUUGCUGAUGUGAAAAUGAUGUUGCUUAGGACUGACACCCUUGACGCGAUGAUCGAAGGUGGAAUGAUGAGUGCUGUAUCGGAAUGGUUGGCACCUUUGCCAGACAAAAGUCUUCCAGCUCUCGAAAUUAGGACAGAACUGCUGAAAAUCUUGCAAGGAUUUGGCCGACUUGAUCAGGGGAUUCUGAAGCAGUCUGGGCUAGGUAGAGCGGUCAUGUUGUUGUACAAGCAUCCAAGAGAAACGAAAGAAAACAAAGCUAUAGCUGCUCAUAUCAUACGAGAGUGGUCGAGACCUAUCUUCCAGCUAGAUACAGAUUUUCGCUCUGUUUCCCGCGAGGAAAGGCUUCAGAGAGAUUUGGAGCAUAUGUCUAGUGCGAAAAAGAGGAAGCUGAGCGUAGCUUUUCUUCGAAUCUCUGCCACCAAAUUAAAUAAAUCGCAUAAGUUUAGUGGAGAAGCAGGAACAUCCGAUCAAAAUGCAACGCCGAAGGAUGAAAAAGUCAUCAACAGAGCUCGCGUGCCCAGACCCUCCACCAGAGAUUACGUUGUUAGGCCUAAGUCAAAUGUAGAAGGAGAAUUCAAGGGUGAAAGAAAGGCAAGGGCAUUUGCUCGUCUUGACAAAGCGCAACGGGAAUUUAUGGAAAGAACCAAGCGUAUGAAAGUCAAAAGGGCUGUCGGUGUAUCGCUAGAAGGAAGAAAUAUGGCUAUCUAA